AUGGGUUCCAUGACACUUCCCAAAGAGCUUCCGACCAUCGAUUUCUCCCUCCAAGAUUUGAAGCCCGGCUCUAGCUCCUGGACCAAAACCUGCAAACAAGUCCGUUAUGCACUUGAAGAAUACGGUUGCUUUGUGGCAUUGUACCAACAAGUCUCCCCGCAGCUCAUAGACAACAUCUUUGGCCAUUCCAAGGAUUUGUUCGAGCUUCCCCUCGAAACCAAAGUCAAGAACACAAGCAAGGAGCCUUACCGUGGCUAUAUCGGACCAAUCCCCCUCAUGCCGCACUAUGAAGGCAUGGGCAUUGAGAACGUCACAUCCCCGCAAGCAACUCAGAAGUUCAAAGACCUCAUGUGGCCAAAUGGAAAGACUGAAUUCUGUGAAACCACAGAUCUAUUUGCCAAGUUGGUCGGGGACUUGGAGCACACUGUGGAGAAGAUGAUGUUUGAAAGCUUCGGGAUACCUAAAGGGCAAUAUGAAUCGUUGGCGAGUUCAAACAGUCAUCUUAUUCGUUUUCUCAAGUACAUGACACCAGAAGAGAGAGACGCAGUCGAAAGGUUUCCGAGCCACACAGACAAGAACUUCACCACCAUUGUGGCUCAGCAUGACGUCGGUGGCCUCGAGGUUCAGACUAAGGAUGGUGAUUGGAUUAGUGUCGAGUCUGCACCUUCACAGUUCCUCUUCAUGGCUGGUGAUGGACUGCAGGUAUGGAGUAAUGGCAGAGUGAAAGCUUCCCACCAUCGGGUGAAGCAUUGCGAGGACAAGACUCGAUACUCGCUGGCAAUGUUUACGUUCAACAAUGGAGUAUUCCAAGUACCUAAAGAGCUAGUAGACGACAGUCACCCACUCGUCUGUAUCAAAGAGGAGGCCAAGAAGGCAGAGUCGCCCCUCUUGCUCUUUUGCGGGGUUGACAACUCAGAGUCGCCCCUCUUGCUCUUUUGUGGGGUUGACAACUCAGUGUCGACGCCCUUCAAAAUCUUGUGCGGGGCUGACAACUCAGUGUCGACGCCCUUCAAAAUCUUGUGCGGGGCUGACUAA